GUUUGUGUCCUCAUGCUGCUGGGUAAAUUUUCAUGAAUCAUAAACUAUAUAAUUGACAAUUGAAACGAUCCUUUGGCUUAUUUGUCAUUACGUAGGCUUUUUUGUUCCGCCGGGAAGUACCUUCACUUGUACAGGCUUAAUCUUGACAAAGGCAAUCUUUAUGAAGUUGCAGUCAAAACUUUUCCUUAUAUUAUCACAUCAAUAUACGAAGUUAACGGUCGUAUAUGUGUGACCUCUCAUAGGGGACCCGUUUCGUUUUACUAUUACGAUACCGAAGCAGAGAAGCUUAAGGAAUAUAAAAGCGAUGUUAUCCCACGAAGUAUACAUCAUUCUUUAAUGUUAAAUGAUCGACUUGCAGUCGGUGUGAGCCAAUCCGGUGGCGUAGUUGGGCUUUAUGAUAAUCCAGAUGAUCCGCUCUAUGAACGCCGUUUGCAAACUUUAUUCUGCUUUCAUUAUCCGGAUAUUUUAGUCAGACCAUCGUUAGCUGUACUUAGAUCAACAGUAGAUCUUAAUGGCUCAGGAAAAUUUGCACAGUACAUCUUACCGUGGUCGCAGGUUUUGACUGUUGAUGAUAUGAAUAUAAACGAUAAAAACAAGAAAGAAUCGCAGUUAGUGAAGCCUGUUGUAUGUGGGACUGUAUCUGGUGGAUUAGUAUAUAUUUAUCGCAUCAGCCCUUUGCUUUUCGAUGCCUUGAAAGUUUUGCAAAGGCUUUUGUUACGAUACGAACCUACCAAGCCAUUAUUGGGUACAGCGGAGGAUUUUGAACAUUGGUAUAGUAAUUUGUCUGGAACGGAAACAUCAUCUAUACACGGAGACGUCAUUGAGUCGUUCUUGAGGUUAUCACCAAUAGAGCAACUAGAAAUUGUGAACGGUGUACGGGAGAGUGAAGAGAUACGCAAGGUAUUCGAGCCAUUGCUUAUAAAUAGCGAUGUUGAUUAUGGCGUAGAACAGGCUUCAGCUAUAGUGAACUUUAUCAAAGAUAUGCUUUUUGACUUUCAAACAUUCCGAUAGUAAUAAAGUAAACAUUAUUUUUUGGUUACAUUGUAA